AUGAACUUCUGGAAGAUGGUUGCAGUCAUCAACGUUGUCGUGAUUCCAAUCACCGUAGCUAUUACUGUGUCAGGGAUGCCACACUUUACCGUCAAAGCUCCGUCAGCAUUCACCAAGCUACAAAAUUUGCCAGCUUGCCUACCUUUAGGAAACCCAUGCAUGAAGUCGAAGCUUCCCUGUUGCAAGCUGACUUAUCAAAACAGCUAUCUAAGAUUGGGAGAAGUACCAACCACGUGCUUCAAGUUCGGGAAAGGUAUUUGCCAAGUGAACCAGAGUAUCAAGAACUUCAACGAGUACAGCAAGCUGAUCGAGCAAGUGAACGACACCAACUUUCAAGAACUGAAGAACAAGUAUUGGCUUUCUAUUCCAACUGUGUACACUUGCCCUCAAAAAAUAACCUUAGAAAUGAAAAGCGGGUGA